AUGCUGAUGCUGCACUAUCGCAACCACGGUGAGUGCAUACUCCAAGAGAUCGGUGCGGCAUUCCGUGGGGAGCACGCGACGGACCUGUUGCUCAUCUGCGAUGGCAAGGAGACGGUGCGGGCACACAAGCUGGUACUGGCGGCCGCCAGUCCACUGAUACGCAUGAUCCUGGAGGAGACGCCGGUGCUGGAGAGCGAAACGACGGUCUACUUCCCGGACGUGCAGGUGUGCUACUUUCGCCUGCUGCUAGACUUCCUGUACUCGGGCCAGGUGUACGUGCCCGCCAACGAGGUGCACCACUUGAAAGAUCUCCUAGCGUUACUUCAGAUUAAGCCGAGCAUAUGGAAGAACAGCGACUGCUCCACGGACGGAGAGUCGCAAAAAUCGGAACCACUGGUGGACAUCAACCGGAACGAGGGCAUCGGGGCGCUCGAUCGCCAUCAGCGGCGCACCAAGAGCCAGGAGCUGCUGGCGCUGGCGCCGGACCUCGGCGUGGAGGGCGUGCGCAAUGUGAGCGUCAAGAGCGAGCGCCACUCGGCGGGCAGCUCGGAGGAUGGGGGCGACCGGGACGAUGCGGAGUACAUGGACGAGGUGGAGGAUGCCAUCAUCAAGAGCAAUAACAACGUGGUGCAGCCGAUCAACCGGCACGACGAGGACGACGGAGGCGGAAGUGGCGGUGGCGGAGGCGGCGGAGGAGGAGGUGGGCGCGAUGAUACCGGAAGUCCCGCGGCUGGAGAAGCGAGGAGCGAAUCGAGCGGCAGUCGGGGGGAGGUCGCACGCAGAUCUUCGGCCGCCCGGCACAGUCCCACCGCCGACGACGACGACGACGACGACGAGGACUUUGAGCUGGACGUGGAGGAUCGCGACAUGGCCGAGGAGGAAGCCCACUCCAGGCGGGGGACGCCAUCGAGCACGGGCGGCGGGGGGCACACGACGGAGACGGUACGCAAUCGGCGGCGCAGCUCGUCCGACCCGGUGAACCUGUCGAUCGUGAAGCAACAGCAGCAGGACGUCGACUCGGACGACGCCAACAUCGACGUCGAGACGAUAGGCAACGCACCGACCAAGAACCUGCUACCCCCGCGAUAUCUGGAUCCGUUCCGGACGAAGCGGAAAGCGUACUACAUCCACUCGGACGCCUCGGACUCGCUGAAGCCGCUCGAGCAUGAACUGCUGCACGGUUCGCCGGACAACUAUGUCGUGACGCCACACCGGAAGCGGCGGCCCGGAUUUCACAACUCGCCGGCCCAAAACCCGCCGUUCGUGCCGAGCUACCUGGAGGACCUGCGGACACGCAAGUGCUUCCUUUCGGCCCCACCGACGUACUUGCCCGAUAACAGAGCUGGUUCUCCCGGUGGCCUGCGACCAGCUGACAUCGGAGGGCACGGUAACAACCAUUCGUCCAGUACCGCCAACAACAACAACAACAACAAUGACACCAGCAGCAACAACAACAACAACCGGAUACGUCCGCCCAGCGCCGACAACAAGAUGGCGGUGGCCCCGUUCGUGUAUCCGUGGCCGGGCGCGGCUCUCGCGGCCCUGCCCGGCGGCCCGGCCGACCUGCUUACCGUCCCGUACCUGCACGCGGCCAGCGCCAACACCGACACCAGCCCGGCGGAGCUGAUCCAGCAGAUGAAGAACUUCGAGAGCAGCCAGGCGGCCGAGGCGGCGAUGGGUGCUCGCAGCGGCGGUGGCGGUGGCGGAAGCAGCGGCAGUGCGAGCGGUGGCGUGAUCGCCGGCUUGGCGGGACCCCCGGGCUCGACACCCGGAACGGCCGGUGGUGGGGGCCUGGGCAGUGGGAACACGCCCGUCCGGGAGUACCGCUGCGAGUACUGCGGCAAACAGUUCGGCAUGUCGUGGAACCUGAAGACGCACCUGCGGGUACACACCGGCGAGAAGCCGUUCGCCUGCCGGCUGUGCGUGGCCAUGUUCAAGCAGAAGGCGCACCUGCUGAAGCACCUCUGCUCGGUGCACCGGAACAUCAUCAACUCGCCCGAGUCCGGCGGCCGGUACACCUGCUGCUUCUGUACGCUCUACUUCGAGACGCUCCAGGAGCUGGUGCGUCACCUGUCCGGCCACCACAACAACCUGCUGCUGAGCAAAAACCUCCACGAAUGA